ACCUGCUUCCAAGAUGGUGAGUGGAUUUUACACCGACGGGAAUAUUUCACUAAUCCUUAAACAUCUCGCUUCAAACUCACUAUUUUAUCACAGUGACACUAAUGGGGAGUCUCUCGUCAUCCCCGAGAAGUUCCAGCACAUUCUUCGUGUUCUCAACACGAACAUCGAUGGACGGAGGAAGAUCGCCUUCGCCAUCACCGCCAUCAAGGUCCUCGCCAACGGUCUGGACAACAAGCUGAGAGAAGAUCUGGAGAGGCUGAAGAAGAUCAGGGCUCAUCGUGGUCUCAGGCACUUCUGGGGUCUGCGUGUGCGCGGUCAGCACACCAAGACCACCGGCCGUCGCGGUCGCACCGUCGGUGUGUCCAAGAAGAAGUAAACUCCCUGCUUCCCCUCGUUUCAAUAAAGCCACAGUUGAUGAAA